AUUUAUUUGAUGUGGAGCAGUCUUCUUUGAUUGUGUUGGUAAAGGUCAGACAGGGUCGCGUUGAAAGCACCCUGAUUUGAAGUAACGUUACCGAAGGAGACUUGCUAAGGAAAAUCAAAGAAGAGUGGCCAAGAUUCUGAAGUGGGUGUCAAAGAACUGCCAGUCAAGAACAAAACCCUAAGUUGAUCUCACAGGCCAGAGCAUUGUAUUAAAAAAGUAUAGCCAGUGUGCAGUUAAAUGCAGCUCAACCUCUGUGUUUGCAAAUGGCUUGCUGUCUGAAGGAUGAGCUCCUGUGUUCCAUCUGCCUGAGUAUCUACCAGGACCCUGUCAGUUUCGGCUGUGAGCACUAUUUCUGCCGAAAGUGCAUCACUGAGCACUGGAGCAGGCAGGAGCCCCACGGUGUGCGAGACUGUCCUGAGUGCAGGAGGACCUUCGCAGACCCUCUUCUCUCCCCAAGCCUCAAGCUGUCCAACAUAGUGGAGCGCUACUCAGCCUUCCCGCUGGACGCCAUCCUCAACGCGCAGAGGAGCUCCUAUCCCUGCAAGGACCACGAGAAGGUCAAGCUUUUCUGCCUCAGCGACAAGAGCCUGGUGUGUUUCUUCUGUGACGAGCCAGCCUUACACGAGCAGCAUCAGGUCACCACUAUUGACGAGGCUUACGAGGAGAUACAGCAACUGUUGAGACGUUUAGUAUUACGGCAGGAGGUUAAGAAGCUGCCCAAAUCUACAGGACUCGGAGAGAAGAGAGCUCCAGAUGAUUUAAUUAGACGUGCUCUUGAUAGGAGUCGUCAUUACUGCUCUACAGCCUCGCACCCCAACCCCUCCACUCUGAUGGUGCUCCAGGAGUGUGGGGUGGGGAGGAGCCUGCAUGUCCAGAUGCAGUGGAAUGAGCGAGGGAUCGGCAGGCUUGCAGCCUCUCCAGGGAAGUCCCUGCAGUCUAAACAGCACAGCAGCAGCAUCCAGGCUGCAGCAGCCAGCUGA